AUGACAAUUGAGGCCCACCACAAGCGAGCCAAUUCCCGAAAGAGUCUGGGUAACGAUGACAGCUUUCUUUUUGCCGAUCGAAAGCUUGUUCUUGCAGUUGAUACAACCAAGGAGGCAUUGCUAGAGCAUGAGGAUCUUGACGGGGACGGGCUAAUCACCGUAGAAGACACCGGGCCGAAGGUGACUUCCAGAAUAUUACCUAACUCACCUGGCAAUGCGAAGCUGACUCUGUACAAGUGCUUUGUUACUUCUAAUUUAUCACCUGACGACAAUCAGGUUGUUUGUAUUAAGGGAAACUAUGCACUAGCAAAUCUUUUGCAGGAGCUUUUUCUUGCUGAAAAAAGGGGUCAGAAGUACCUCGAGGUCAACACUGGCCAUUUGAGUGAGGACCCCAUCCGGCGGCUGGAGCGACUCAUCAAGGGUUCUUGGUGGGACAACCUCACUAGAACUACUGACGCGGCGGGGGUCGCAAAGGCAACGUUGGACUCGAAGACAAAAGGGACUGAGGAAUCUCCUCGAAGAAUCUACAUCCCAAGUGGAGCUCCAGAGCAGUACACCUAUUUCAAGCGCCUUUCGGAAGAAAAUCCAAGCAUGCAUCUAGACGUGCAAAAGCUUCCCGAUGGCGGACUUGAUUCGGAUUUCAUCCACAGCCUCAAUGCAAAGCCUGGUCUCCUUGCUCUUGACAUGAAACAAGAUCCAAAAAUCAAAGGGGCUCUCACAGGGACUCCGUUUAUCGUACCUGGCGGUCGCUUCAACGAGCUAUAUUAUUGGGAUACAGCCUUCUGUGCCUGGGGUAUGAUGGAAACCCAUGUCGAAGUGGUCAAGUCGAUUAUUAAACAUUUCGUAUUCGAAAUAAAGCACUACGGCAAGAUCUGUAAUGCAAAUCGCUCCUACUAUCUUGGGAGAUCACAGCCCCCUUUCCUCACGGAUCUUGCUUUACGAACGUAUAAGACCUGUCAACACGAGGUUGACGCCAAAGAUCGUCUGCGCCUUGCACUGCUUGCUGCUAUAAAAGAAUACAACGAGUAUUGGAUGGCACCACCUAGACAUGAUAUUUCCUCAGGACUCAACACAUACAGACCAAUCGGUGUAGGCUUUCCCCCCGAAUGCGAACUCGGUGCCUUCAAUCAUAUUCUCGCACCCUAUGCAAAAAGAUACGACAUCAACAUUGAGCAAUUUAUUACGAAAUAUGAUACCGGUGAGAUCUCAGAAGCGGAAUUGGAUACAUUUUUCCUUCACGAUCGAGCCGUUCGUGAAUGUGGUCAUGACACUAGCAACCGAGUCGAAAGCGUGUGUGCAGACAUGGGAACGAUCGACUUGCAAUGUCUUCUUUAUAAGUACGAGAAAGACAUCGCCUGGGCUAUACGCAGCAUUUUCGAUGAUCAACUUUCCGUGCCAGCCGACUUUAGUUCCUCGAACGAGGGUCAAGUGAGUAUUGAAAAGUCUGCCAAAUGGGAUCGGGCGGCAAGAAAACGAAAAGAGUCAGUCAACCAGUACUGUUGGAACGAAGAAAAGGGCAUGUACUUUGACUUCAACAUUCGAACCCGUAAACAAAGUGAUCACGAAUCGGUCACAAUGUUGUGGCCUCUGUGGUGCGGCAUUGCAAGCGCGCAACAGGCAGGCAAGCUUGUAGAGAAAGGGCUGCCUCAUUUUGAAUGCAUUGGUGGACUGUCAAGUACAACAGAGAAGUCUCGUGGUCUCGUUGAUGAUGCGAAUCCACAGAAGCAGUGGGACUACCCUCACGGCUGGCCUCCGCAUCAAAUGCUUGCUUGGGAAGGUCUGAAGCAGUAUGGGUACCACGAAGAGGCUGAACGCUUGAUAUAUCGCUGGCUCCAUAUGGUUCUCAAGGUCUUUGUUGAUUAUAAUGGUACGGUUGUGGAGAAGUACAACGUCACGACUCUCGACGCACCACAAAAAGUAGACGCGGAGUAUGGAAAUCAGGGACUGAAUUUUAAAUACGCACCACAAGAAGGGUGA